AUGUUGUAUCAUAGGAAUGAUCUCCCUGGUGUUGAGGCUUUCAUAUGUGAGCAACUAAAGCAAGACAAGCCGACUCAGACAAGCGGGUGGAUAACCUCUUCGAAUAUAUUACGAGUCCCACAUCGGAAGCACGUAAGAAGUACGAAAAGAAGACCGCCCAUAAAAAAGGGCUGCACUGGCCUUAGACAGUAUCUUUGCGCUUGGGGCAAUGACGCAGCUAGUGAGGUUCUAACCGAGGCGCGUCAAUUGCUGGUUGAAAACUAUUUCCAAACCCCCUCUUGGGCCUGGGUUCUGCCUAGGCCUAAGAGAAUUUCUGGAAGGGCUCCCUUCGGG